AUGCAAUCUCCAGCAUAUUUUAACACAUGGUACAAACGAAGAGCAUACGAGCUUCCAGAUGGAGCUGAGUUACUUGUUGGAAAUAUUCGAACUACGUUUUCGUGCCCUGGGGAUGGCUAUUAUGCUGACGUGGACAACGACUGUAAGAUAUUCCACGUUUGUCAUACGGUCACUCACGCUAAUGGUAAAUCGGAGGUUCUGCAGUGGAGUUUCCUAUGUGGAAAUCUCACAUUUUUUAACCAGUUAACCCUAACCUGUGGUUUUUCAGAGGAAACGGUACAGUGUACUAACGCUCCAGGCUUUUUUUACGUUAAUGGUAACAUCGGUCUUGAAGACACUCUCUUUCUGACAGAACAGGACAUAGAAAAGGCAGCUCCGUUACUGGGAGGAAGUCUUCCUGCCCCCGCUGCUCUUCCUCCAGAUUUACGUAUUCUUGCAAAUCAACCAGUCGAACUACCUAUAGAGAAAGCACCGGAAGAACGUUAG